GUGAAAUAUGAUGCAAGAGUCUUCAGUGGCAACUUUGAUGGUAAAGAACCAUAUUCAGGAUUCAGAUAAAGAUUUAAGAGUAAAGCAUAUAAGUAGGAACAAAGGGAACCAAUUCAAGAACAAAAAUAGGGUCUCUGCUUCUAUUUGUAUUAAUAAGAUAAAAACCUUACACAAAGGAAACGUGAGCAAAUUAUUCAAAGAUGCCUCUAAUAGAAAAAUCACAAUACUUUCCAAAAAGAGGACCCAACCGAAACCUUCUCUACACAAACGUCUCAGAACCUCCAUCUUCUCCCCUUCUCAAAACGCGGCUAUAAAAUAAACUUGGUACCGAAAAAUCGCCGAAAGUAUCCAAAGCUAUCAAACACCUCAAAACCGAGCCUCACAUCUCUGCUUCUACCUGCUCCAAACAUUCCGAGAUGCUUCCCAACGUAAAGGCUCUCCUAAACCCAUCCCUAUUCCCUUCCUCCAAAAAACUCUCUCGUCCUCCAGUCUUCCUACAGAACUUGAAAUCGAACAGAACAAAACUUCUGGAGAAAAACCAACAUAUAUCCUUCUCCUCUCAGAAAAGUUAUCCAAAACAACGGAAAUUAUUAGGUGAAACAAAGACUUCAGCCAGUACGCCUACUCUGGGAUUCCAUAAAAAAUAUGCUUUAAUAAAAGGGUUUAAAGGAGGCAGUAAAGCUCUAAACCAGUACAAAUAUGAGAGAAAUGCAGCAUUACCUCCUCAUCCAUUACUUAGCUCCAAUGAGAGAAAAUACAACCCAGACUCCUUGAUCAAUGCUCUUCUGAAGAAAUCAAUAGACUUCGGGAAAAGUUUUAAACUGUAUAAAAAUGGGAAGGGAUUGAAAACUUUUAUUGAGAUCUGAAUGUACAAAAAAUUAUGAAACGAGUAGCCAC